AUGCAUCCAGUAUUAGCUUUUAAGAUUCUCCAAGUAAUUAUUUAUGUUGGUGCUCUUGUCUCUGUUCUUUAUUUUUAUGGAAUUAUUCAAGCAGUCCUAAAAAGAUUAGCUUGGUUAAUGCAAUUUACUAUGGGGACAACAGCCACAGAAUCUUUAAAUGCUUGUGGUUGUGUUCUUUUAGGAAAUGCAGAAUCUCCACUGCUUAUUCGUCCUUAUAUAGAAAAAAUGACUAAUUCUGAAUUACAUGCAAUCAUUACUACUGGUUUUUCAUGUAUUGCUGGUGCCGUCUUUGCUGUAUUCAUUAGUUUUGGUGCUUGUCCUCGUUAUUUACUCUCAGCUGCGGUAAUGGGCGCCCCCGGCUCAUUAGCCUGCUCAAAACUUCUUUAUCCAGAAACUGAGGAAUCUACAACUAAAGGGGUUGAUGAUUUGGAUUUACCGCCGAGUGAAAAGAAGAAUGCAAUGGAAUCUAUUUCUUCUGGAUCAACAGAGGCUAUUCAUUUAGUCAAUUGUUUAGUUGCUAGUAUGAUUACUUUUAUUUCACUUACUGCAUUAAUAAGUGGAAUUAUUGAAUAUGCGGGUUCCUUAUUAGGUUAUCCGGGAUGGAGUUUGGAGUUAUUAUUUGGAUAUGCGCUUUUUCCUAUUGCUUAUUUAAUUGGUGUUACUGAUGGUAUGGAUCAAGCUUUACCUCGUACAGCAAUGAUUGCAACAUAUUCACUUUGCAGUUUUAGCAAUUUAAUUUCAGCUGGUGCACAAAUGGCUAUAAUUGGAGGAAUUGCACCUAAGACAAAACCUGUAAUUUCUAAAUUAAUUAUGAGUGCUCUUUUUGGAGGAAAUAUUACUUGCUUUAUUUCUGCUUGUAUUGCUGGUAUUUUAAUAGAAGAUCCAAUACUUUGUCAGAAAACAUAUGGCAUUCAAUCAGAAAAUUGUUUUGAUUUAAAUUUACAUCAAAAAUUUAUGGAGGAAAUUAUUAGACAAAGAAAUAUUACUCUUAAUUAA